AGUCUUAGUUCUGUCCUUUCCUUCUCUAAGUAUAGUGGUUCCAGUUCAAAAUGAAAAGCUUAGGGAAGUUGGGACAAUGGUCUUUUCUAACAGUUGCUUUGGCAAUUUGGUUAAUAGCCAGCACUGUUGUUGCUGAUUACUCUUACGAGUAUACUUCACCCUCACCUUCUCACAACUCUAACAAGUACUACAAAUCACCAUCUCCAUCCAACUAUCAUGUGCCCACUCCUUAUUACAAGAAACCUUAUCCAUCACACUACUACAACAAAUCACCAACACCUUUAAAGCACACUUAUUACAAAUCGCCAUCACCAGCAAAAUAUUACAAGUCACAUGUUCCUUCAAAGCAUUACUACUACAAGUCACCCAUUGUAACCAAGUAUUACAAGUCACAUAUUCCUUCAAAGCACUACUACAAGUCACCGGUUGCAACAAAGUAUUACUACAAGUCUCCAACUCCUUCAAAGCAUUACUACAAAUCACCCACUCCUUCUAAGUAUUACUACAAGUCCCCAACUCCUUCAAAGUACUACUACAAGUCCCCCUCGCCAGCAAAGUACUACAAGUCGCCUACUCCGUCAACACACUAUUACUACAAGUCACCAUCCCCAACAAAAUAUUACAAAUCACCCGCUCCAUCUAAAUACUACAAAUCGCCUUCACCAACAAAAUAUUACAAGUCACCAGUUUACUACAACUCUCCUCCACCACCACCAACUUACUAUGAGAAAUCACCUUCAUACUACAAGUCACCUCCACCUCCACCAAAAUACUAUGAGCAAUCACCUAAGUACUACAAGUCACCUCCACCCCCACCGAAAUACUAUGAAGAAUCACCAUCAUCUUACAAAUCUCCACCACCUCCACCAAAAUACUACGAGCAACCACCAACUUACUACAAUUCUCCUCCUCCACCAUACUACCAAGAAUCUACACCUUCCUAUAAAUCUUCUCCACCUCCUCCAAAGACCUAUGAACAAUCACCUACAUACUACUCACCUCCACCACCACCGUACUACAAAGAAACACCAACCUAUGCCUCACCGCCACCACCUGAGAAGUACGAGGAACCUGUCACCUAUGCUUCACCUCCACCCCCAUCACCAUCUCCCCCACCACCAACCUGGUUCCAUUUCAAAAUGAAAAACUUACAGAAGUUGGGACAAUGGUCUUUUCUAACAAUUGCUUUGGCAAUUUGCUUAGUUGCCAGCACUGCUGUUGCUGAUUACUCUUAUGAGUAUACUUCACCCUCACCUUCUCACAACUCUAACAAGUACUACAAAUCACCAUCUCCAUCCAACUAUCAUGUACCCACUCCUUAUUACAAGAAACCUUAUCCAUCACACUACUACUAUAAAUCACCAGCACCUUCAAAGCAUGCUUAUUACAAAUCGCCAUCACCAUCAAAAUAUUACAAGUCACAUGUUCCUUCAAAGCAUUACUACUACAAGUCACCCAUUGUAACCAAGUAUUACAAGUCACAUGUUCCUUCAAAGCACUACUACAAGUCACCAGUUGCAACAAAGUAUUACUACAAGUCCCCAACUCCUUCAAAGCAUUAUUACAAAUCACCCGCUCCUUCUAAGUAUGACUACAAGUCACCAACUCCUUCAAAGAACUACUACAAGUCCCCAUCGCCCACAAAGUAUUAUAAGUCCCCCUCGCCAGCAAAGUACUACAAGUCACCUACUCCAUCAACACACUAUUACUACAAGUCACCAUCCCCAACAAAAUAUUACAAAUCACCCGCUCCAUCUAAAUACUACAAAUCGCCUUCACCAACAAAAUAUUACAAGUCACCAGUUUACUACAACUCUCCUCCACCACCACCAACUUACUACGAGAAAUCACCUUCAUACUACAAGUCACCUCCACCUCCACCAAAAUACUAUGAGCAAUCCCCUAAGUACUACAAGUCACCUCCACCCCCACCAAAGUACUAUGAAGAAUCACCAUCAGCAUACAAAUCUCCACCACCUCCACCAAAAUACUACGAGCAACCACCAACUUAUUACAAUUCUCCACCUCCACCAUACUACCAAGAAUCUACACCUUCCUAUAAAUCUCCUCCACCUCCUCCAAAAUCCUAUGAACAAUCACCUUCGACCUACAACUCACCACCUCCUCCAAAGACCUAUGAACAAUCACCUACAUACUACUCACCUCCACCACCACCGUACUACAAAGAAACACCAACCUAUGCCUCACCGCCACCACCUGAGAAGUACGAGGAAUCUGCCACCUAUGCUUCACCUCCACCCCCAUCACCAUCUCCGCGACCACCAACCUACUACUAUUUUCUUAAAAACAUGGAUGUCCUUAACUACUUGUUCAAAAUGAAAAGCUUAGACAAGUUGGGACAAUGGUCUUUUCUAACAGUUACUUUGGCAAUUUGCUUAGUAGCCAGCACAGUAGUUGCUGAUUACUCUUAUGAGUAUACUUCACCCUCACCUUCUCACAACUCUAACAAGUACUACAAAUCAUCAUCUCCAUCCACGUAUCAUGUACCAACUCCUUAUUACAAGAAACCUUAUCCAUCACACUAUUACUACAAAUCACCAGCACCUUUAAGGUACACUUAUUACAAGUCACCAUCACCAGCAAAAUAUUACAAAUCACACUUUCCAACAAAAUAUUACAAGUCACAUGUUCCUUCAAAGCAUUACUACAAAUCGCCUGCUCCUUCAAAGCAUUUUUACAAGUCACCCACUCCUUCAGAGCAUUACUACAAGUCCCCAUCGCUCGUAAAGUACUACAAAUCCCCAGCGCCUGCAAAGUACUACAAGUCCCCAUCACCCACAAAGUAUUAUAAGUCUCCCUCACCAACAAAGUACUACAAGUCGCCUACUCCGUCUACACACUAUUACUACAAGUCACCAUCCCCAACAAAAUAUUACAAAUCACCCACUCCAUUUAAAUACUACAAGUCUCCUUCACCAACAAAAUAUUACAGGUCACCAGUUUAUUACAAGUCUACCCCACCACCUUACGAGAAAUCACCUUCGUACUACAAGUCACCUCCACCUCCACCAAAAUACUAUGAGCAAUCCCCUAAGUACUACAAGUCACCUCCACCCCCACCCCCACCAAAAUACUAUGAACAAUCACCAUCAUCUUACAAAUCUCCACCACCUCCACCAAAAUACUACGAGCAAUCACCAACUUAUUAUAGCUCUCCACCUCCACCAUACUACCAAGAAUCAACACCUUCUUAUAAAUCUCCUCCACCUCCUCCAAAAUCCUAUGAGCAUUCACCUACAACCUACACAUCACCACCUCCACCAAAGACCUAUGAACAAUCACAAUCAUACUAUUCACCCCCACCCCCACCAUACUACAAGCAAACACCAACCUAUGCCUCACCACCCCCACCUGAGAAAUACGAGCCAUCUGUCACCUAUGCUUCACCUCCACCCCCAUCACCAUCUCCCCCACCGCCAACCUACUACUAA